UUGAGGAUGUCAACAGAGCUGUGCUUUUGCAAUUUUCACCUCCCUUCCCCCAGCUUCUUUUCUCCUAACGAUCAGAAUAGCAUAGCAGCACAGCACAAAAGAAAGCCGCACACAGCAUCGCUGUACAGGAAAGAGGUACUAAAUCUGCAAGGAAUAGGGGGUGGACGCUUUGCCUAGCAACAUGAGAAAAUACUGAAGUGGCUUCAUCCGCUCUGCAUCCCAUCAUGUCUCAGUCAGCGUUCGACCAGAGAGAGGCAGUUAACGGUUUUACAAAUGGAAAUUAUGAAUGGGUGAACAUUUAAAGGCACAGCCAAUCUCUGGCCUACUAAAUCAAAAAUCAUCUGUAAAUCUACAGGAAUAGAAGCUGCAAAUUACGAGAUGAGAAGCAAAGGAGUGGCAAACAGCAGGAUGACGAGAUUGGAAUGAAGGAAGCUAUAAAAAGGUACGGGACUGCUAGAGCAGUCAAAACAAAUAUCUUCUGAUGCUGGUCUACCCGACAUUGUGCUGCCCUGGUGUGACCUGGAAAACCUGUGUAAGUAGAUUCCGUAUAUAUCUGGACUAGAUCUGCAUAUAUUUAGAGGCUUGACAAAUCCAAAAAGCCCAAAGAGAUCAUGCGAUGGAAGCUGAAGAACAGAUAUUACAGAGUUGCCCUUUUCCUCAUUCUACUCGUGUUUGUGGGAGGCCUCAUUACUCAGGGCCAGCAGCGGCCCUUUCAAAUCACCCAGGAGAUAUUUGCUACUCAGUGGUUUCAAAUCAUUAAAACCCUCAACCUCACCAUGAUGAAUCCAAAGAGGUUGAGAGAGCUAGAAGCAACCCCUACACCUCUAAAAUCAAAUGAAAAUCUAAUCUCAGCUUUGGAUGCUUUGAACAUCAGUUCGAGUGGGGAGAUGAGAGCGGAAAGGACACUUAAAGUCGAGCCUUACGAGUACAUCCUUAAUGAGCCAAAUGCAUGUCUGCUGCGAGCUCCUUUCUUAGUGCUUUUGAUUACAGUUGAGCCCAAGAGAACAGACGCCAGGGAUGCCAUUAGAAAAACGUGGGGCAAUGAAAGUAUGGCAGGAGACUUGUGUUUCAUCCGUCUGUUCUUCAUUGGUGUAAACAACGACACCCAAAGAAAGGGCAGCAAACUACAACACACAAUAGUGGAUGAAAGUCGACAGCAUCAUGACAUCAUCCAGCAAGAUUACAGGGACAAAUACAACAACCUUACUCUCAAGACGCUGAUGGGGAUGUACUGGAUCACAAAGUAUUGUCCUGAGGCCACAUAUGUCAUGAAGACAGAUAGUGACAUGUUUGUCAACACCGAAUACCUCAUACAGAAAAUCCUCAAGCCAAAGGGGCAACUGACACAAAAGUAUUUCACAGGACAUCUCAUGAAGGACUACUCCCCAAACCGAAACAAAGAGAGUAAAUGGUAUAUGCCCCCAGAAGUGUACCCUGGUAGGCAAUACCCGGCCUUUUGUUCAGGAACUGGGUAUGUCUUCUCAGGUGACAUGGCUCAGAGGAUAUAUGUGGUGUCUCUGAGCAUACCAAGGUUGCAUUUAGAAGAUGUUUAUGUAGGUAUCUGUCUAGCUAAACUGAGGAUAGAGCCAGUGCCACCGCCAAAAGAACUGCUGUUUAAUCACUGGCGAGUGCCCUACUCCAGCUGUAAGUACAGCAAUCUGAUCACUUCCCAUGGGUUUCACCCCAAUGAGCUGAUCCAGUACUGGCAACACCUGCAGAAAAACAAAUACAAUCCCUGCCAGACGAAAGGGUAAACGAUUUCAUCAUGCUUUUUGGUGGGUUUUUUUUUUUUUUUGACUUUUUGACAAAUAACAGACAGCACAUGAGGGCUCUGGACAACUUUACCUUAUCAUUAAUGUUACAUAAAUGGAAAACUGACAGGUUAACUUCACAAAUCUGAAUGAUUAAAUGUGUAUAAAUAUGCAGCUGUAGUUAUGAACAAUUUUAUUUUUAUAGGAUUGUAAAUAAGCAGAAAAAAGUUCUUCUAACAUUAAUAAAAAAAACUUGGGAAAAAAACAAAAAACAAAAAUCAGGUCACCUUUUUGUCUCAUCAAUCCACAAAGGCACAACAAUUGUAGCAUUUAUCACCCAAUGGACAGUAAAAUCUUGACAUUCAUGUUAUGGUCAGUACAGUAAAGGGAGACCUCUUCCAUCUCCUGAAACAGCUACCUCUACACAUACAGUCCUUAGGUCAAAAUCAACAAUGAGCUUCAAUAAAAACUAAUGUGUUCAAAAUAAACUAAAAUCUAACUUGAUAAAUGCAGAGAAAGGGACAAAGAUUUAAAAAAAAACUUGGUAAAAAGUUUGGUGGCAUUUUAUAUCAAGUAAAAAUCAACAUUUCAGUCCAAAUAUGGGGGAUAUUUAAAGCCCAGGACACACAA